AUGAAGCCUGAAAAGCAAACAAAAAUACCGAUUCCGGCAGUCACGAAAGAUAUACCGGCGAUGGAUCUAAAAUAUUCAGACUGUAAAGAAGAGCUAGGAAAGGAAACUAUAGUUGAGGAAACUGAACCCGAGCGCGGGAAUUGGACGGGACGUUUCGACUUUCUUUUAUCACUUCUUGGAUAUAGCGUUGGGUUAGGCAACGUGUGGCGAUUUCCAUACUUAUGUUACAACAACGGAGGAGGCGCAUUUUUAAUUCCUUUUACUGUGAUGCUUGUAAUUGCGGGACUCCCGCUCAUGUUUAUGGAACUCUCGUUUGGUCAAUAUGCUGCCUUGGGUCCUGUCGCCGUGUACAAUAGAUUUUGCCCGCUGUUUCGAGGCCUGGGCUACGGAAUGGUUAUAGUAUCAACUAUAGUCAUGUUAUACUACAAUCUUAUUAUUGCUUGGACAAUUUAUUACAUGGUUGUAUCCUUCGGAAGUAUCUUUUAUCAACUUCCAUGGCAGAAUUGUGACGCUGAUUGGAGUACAAAAUUUUGUUAUUCAUAUGAAGAAGCCGACAGAUGUCAAGCAAGCAACGGUACAUAUUAUCUUCGCCAGUGUUUAAAUCAAAGCUACGCAACUCUACACGACAUCGCAGCAUUGGCAGACGUAGCUCUACGAAAACCACCUGCUGAGGAAUACUUUACUAAUCAAGUUCUAGGAUUGUCGUCUGGUAUUGAAGAGACUGGGCAUAUUCGUUUGGGAAUGGCUGCAUGUUUGUUUGCUGCCUGGCUUAUUGUAUUCCUUUGCUUGUGUAAAGGCGUACAAUCUUCAGGAAAGGUAGUAUAUUUUACGGCACUAUUUCCUUACGUGGUAUUGGUGAUUCUUUUCAUACGUGGAGUGAGCUUACCAGGAGCAUCUACGGGAAUAUUGUUCUAUCUUACACCGGAUUUUAGCCAACUUGCAAAUGCACAGGUAUGGGGCGACGCUGCGGUACAAAUAUUUUUUGCUCUUAGCCCUGCUUGGGGAGGUCUCAUCACACUUUCUUCUUAUAACAAAUUCUCUAAUAACUGUUACAUAGAUUCAUUAAUCGUGGCAGUUUCAAAUAUUGCAACAUCUUUUUUCGCGGGCUUGGUAAUUUUUUCCGUGAUUGGAUUUUUGGCGCAUGAAUUACAUGUUGAAGUAGAUCGAGUAGUCGAUCAAGGAGCAGGACUUGCUUUCAUAGUCUACCCCGAGGUUGUCACUAGAUUGCCUGUUUCACCUCUCUGGUCCAUACUCUUCUUUGUGAUGCUGCUUACUUUAGGUCUUGACUCUCAGUUUGCUCUAAUGGAAACCGUGACAACUGCUAUAUUGGAUAGAUUUCCGAAUUUUCGCCAGAAAAAAGUUUGGGUCGUUUUGACGGUCGCUAUUUUUGGUUACUUAGGAGGACUGAUAUUUACAACUAACAGUGGAAUGUAUUGGUUGCAAUUAAUGGACAAAUAUGCAGCGAAUUGGUCAGUACUAAUCAUUGCUAUUGGUGAGUGCAUUCUAAUAGCUUGGAUAUAUGGCGCAGAAAAAUUCUGCUGUGAUAUUCAGAGAAUGAUUGGAAGGCAAUCUAAACUGUGGGUUUUUUUUUGGAGCACAAUGUGGCGAAUAAUUACGCCAGCAGCUUUAGUGUUUAUUUUAGUGUUCAAUUGGAUUGAGUACAAGCCAGCAUCCUACGGUCAGUACGUAUACCCAAUGUGGGCAGACGCUGUAGGCUGGACGAUAGGAGUACUGCCAAUUAUUGUCGUUGUUUUAAUGGCCAUUGACCAAAUUUGUAGUGGACCUGAUGAUCUUACCAUUAUGGAGAAAGCGCGCGUGCUCUCGCGACCUACCGAUGAGUGGGGCCCGGCGUCCACCGCCGCGUGCGGCGGCGCGCUGGCCGCCGCGCCGCCGCUGUCGCCGCCGGUGCUGCUGCUGCACGGCCGCCACACAUCUCACGACGGCGCGGAUUCAACGUCUAUAACUAGUGGUAUUGAAAGCGAAAUAAAGAAAGCUGGUUCCAAUAUUAAUAAAAUAAAAAAGAGUUCUAUAAAAAGAAAAGUUCAAAAUUUUAGUCAUGAAUCAGAUGACGGUAUAAUAGAGCCUUUACUACAAACUAACAAAGAGAAAUCAGAUAUUACCAAUAGAAGUGCCAAAUUUUUAUUAAAUAAAUCAAAGACUGAUUCUUCAUAUGAAAGAGAUAAUAAAUUUGCCGAAGAUUUUGCCGAUAAAUGUUCUGUAUCUACUCCUGUGCAACAAGCAAAUGAACUUCUAAGCAACAAUUUAAAAGACACCUCAGCAUCUACACCAUAUAUUUGUGGAAUGGCUCCUCUCCAUAAUUAUAUGAAUACAAAUAUUUUUAGCACAUACGAUGUAACUAAAGGAAUAACAACAAAAAGUCCCAUUCUUGUUGAAAUAGACGGCAGUAAACCUGGAAUUUAUAAUCCAAGUCCAUUGAUCUUUACUACUGCAAAAAUUCAUACUGAUAGCAAAACGAAACUGAUGGAACCUUUACAAGUUACGCCAGUACCGAUAUUAUCAACUAUAGAAGGCAGUGUUAUAAGGGCCGGGGGCACAUCAGAUACAGAUAAAAUAAUGAAUAAUCUUGCUCAACAGUCAAGAGACUUAAUAAAGAGUACUUACGAAAAAUCUGAUAUUUGUGAGAUCCGAUCCAGCAAAGAUAAGCAAACUAUUACAACACCGCCCACUUGUGUUUCUUCUAAUAUCGAGGUUUUAAGUUCGAAAGUAGUAUCUAAUAAUCAAACAAAAUCUACAACUGAAUCUGUCUUAGUUAAUUCAUUUGUAAAAUGUACUGGCUUCGUAGAUAAAAGUCAAGUAAAUGGUCAAUUAGCCAGUAGUAACACUAGCACUGCCGGAACCACGUUAUUAAGCAAUCUGAGUAAAGUAGCAAAAGAACAAAUAACAUCUAUUUCAAACGUUAAAUCGAAUAUAGAUGCCUCAUCUAAAAUAAUAAAGGCGACCGAAACGAGUAAAUCUAUUAACAAUUUCAAAUCCUUAUCUGAUAAAAGUGUUUCAGAAGAUAAAGCAACAGACAGUUUAAUAAAAUAUGAUGAUGGCUACAAAUUUUCUAAUAUUCAUCAACAAAAAUUAGAUAGUUUUAAAUCCCCAACUUCUAUGCCUUCUGAAAUAAAGAGCAGUACUUUGUCAACAAAUGAAAUUGGCUAUACAAAAUCUUCAAACAUAAAAAAUCAAGAAGUUGUACAAGAUAACACUGGUAAUAUUGAAAAACCUUUUACAGCGAGUAAAAAGUUACAACGUCAAAAAAAUGCUUUUCCGCAAGAAAUACAGCAGGAUGUGGCUACUAUUAGUAAAAUAUCAAAAACUGAAAAAAGUGGUGUAGAUAAAGAACAAGAUAAAAAGUCUCCUGCAGAAGUCGAAAAACCAAUAUCAAUAAAGGACAGUCAUAAAAUUGUAGGUGCUGUUGCUGAAAAAAUGAAGGUAAAUGUUACAUAUCCUCCUGAUAAUAGCCCCACCACUUUUGUUACAACGUGUAAGGUUGAAAGUUCAACCAUUACAUCAUCAAUAGUUUCUAGACCUAGCACUACAAUUCCAUUACCUUCAACUUCAAAUGUGAAAUCCGUUAAAACAGUGGAUGUUGUGGAUUCAAAAUCCUCAGUUUAUCCUAAGAAUACUUCCAAACUUACUAGUGAAACUUCAAUUGUAACUUCAGUUUCAAAUUCAAAAAAUACAACUAAAUUAUCGUCAGCAACUUUCAUAAAGACCCCGCCAACGGAGUCCUUACCGAGCCAAAGUAUACAAGCGAGUCAUGUGAGCGGUAAGCCAGAUAUUGCCAUUAGUUUAUCUCCUCUCUCAUACCAACAAAGUAACGAAGCGGAGACGUCAUUUAAAUCUUCCUGUCCUGUUGUGAGUACUACCCUUCCCUCAUAUAUUGUAUCUACAUCUAAAACAAAAAUUGGUUCAACAUUUACUUCUAAUACAUCUACAAGCACCACGAAAUCUCAAACGUCUACGCCGCUAACUGAAAUAGUAUACACUAAAAAUGCACCAAUAAAGUCAUCGGGAGCGCAGCAAAGCGCGCGGCCUACGGUGGGUCUUUCACCCACAAAUGGUACUAAGCAUCCUAAUUUUUCCAAACAAACGAAAUCUGACACAAUUAUAAAAGACGGUAGAGCU